GCUAUCUCCGCCGCGGAUUCUCUCUCCGAUUUCUACCGCAGUUUCCGCGGAAAAACCCCCGUGUUCUUCUUUUCUCGUCCUCCUUCCUUCCGCCGUCUCCUUCUCCUCUAGCCUACUACUACGCCGCUCGCUGCUCUCCUCUCCUCCUCCUCGCUCCGCCCUCGAUCGGCCGUGUCUCCGUCUCCCCGCUCCGCCGCCGCUCGCUCGUUCGGGACUUUCCUCUCGCAUUGGGUCGACGGUGCCCGCCCGGUUAAUUAAUCUGUGACGCGUGAAGACUUGGAUCAACGAAAACUUACCAGCAGAUCAUCUGCUGGCUGAGGCUUUAUUCCGGAAUUGGAUGUAUACACCAGAUCAGCCUCAUCUGCAUCGUAGAAGCAAGAAUUAUUAGUCCAAUCUUGUGUCAACGAUUGACGAUUAAAUGGGUCCGGACAGACUGCCAUUUGGACUUGGUUUUGAUAGAGUACAAGCAUCAGGGGGAUAUAGAUGCUCUGAGCAGUAUGAAUGGCAACGUUUGGCCCUUCGUCAAAGAGAAGCAGCAAGGGAGAAACCCCACUGUGGUGCAACCCUGAAUUACCCUUUGCUUUCACAUCGCAGAGACAGGAUAGAAGAUUCUGUUGCUGCUACAGAAAUUCCACAUCAGUUUAGAGGACAUGAUUUGCUGCAUAGUCAUGGCAAAACUUUGAAUGAUAGAAGUUGUAGCCAUUCUUUUAGGGAGGAAGAAACUAAGGAUCUUGUGUCCUCCUCACAUGAUGAUGCUGAAACUGAGAAGAAUUUUGCUAUAUGGGACCAACCUCUUGAUCGAACUGGACUCCUGGAGUCAAAGCGACACAGGCGCAGCUCCUCCCCUAGAUAUUGUAUGAAGAGUUAUCCCUUUGGAAAUAAGAUUGAUGGAUAUCAUGGUGAAGGUCGUGCUUGUCCUCGCGAUUCAUCAAAAUGGGGCAACCAUAGUCUUUCUCCUGAUCAUGCUCCGACAAGUUGUCUAAGGACUGAGGGAGAAGUUCCUUCCCUCAAUCGUGUGUCUGAGUAUGCAAAAGGUGCAGAUGGACAUAUGCGUACAACAGAAAGACUUGGGGACUUCUUUUCAUCUAAUCAGGGGAGUUGCACACAAAAUAGAAGUUAUCAAGAAGUUCAACGUCUGCCAACUGAAGUUAACUUCCCAAAUGCCCAUUUCUCAGCGAUAGAUAAAGCAAGGCAUCGAUCUUACAUGGAAAAGUUCCAGACUUGCAAGAAGCAUCAGGGCACCUGUUCAAAAGAUUUGAUGUUUAAUAUUUCUGAUCACUCCUUGGUUGGUCGAACAUGUCAUAGGUUUGAAGUAGGGAGAGCUCACACCAGUAAGGCAUUUGAUGAAUUUCAUGCAUUCCAUCAUGAGCAACUUCACCAAUCUCCACGUGAUAAUUUUAGGGACCAAUUGGGUAGCAGUCGAAAUUUCAGGAAUGUUCAUAAAGGAAAGAUGUCAAGAAGGCAAUGCACAAAACAUGAUCUCAAGAAAAAGAAUUCCAAUGUUGCUUUUCAUAGUACGUAUGGGAGAAACAGUGACCGGAAAUGGCAUGGCAAUCAUCUGGAUGGACAUAGAGCUAAGAGGAAUAUGCCUUCUGAAAAUCAGUCUAAAGAAUCCUGCUAUCCGAACAUGAAGGAUUGGCAAUCAUAUUCUCAUGGUGAUGUACGCCAGAGUGGUGAUAAUCAGGAGGGAAAUACCAAAAAAAUCAAGAAAGGAGGUCAAAAUGGAGAAAAAGGGAACUAUCAUCGAAACAACAAUAUUCCAACUGUUGUAUGUAGUGGCUCAAAGUCUAAUGAGAAUUCAGGUUUGUUAAGUCCUAAGUGUAGAAGUAAAACCAUUAUGUCAUCAAAUGGACCAAAACAAAGUGAAGGAAGUGAGAACAUUAAGUUAGAGUCUGAUAAGAAGCCUAGUUUGGUUGUUUGCACAAAAAAAACAGAAGACAUGAAGAGUGAUGAGGUUUCGAAUGGUAAACUACAAGAUGCUCCAGUCACCUAUGUGGAGAAUGGUGUGAAAGAAUCAGAUAAUGCUUCUCCGUCUGAACUACUUCGUGAUUGUUUGAUUAUAUGGAGAAGAUUGAAGAAAGAUAAUUGUGCUGAAGCUGAAAAUGUAAAAAAAACCAAUACAAAUCGGACAGUGCAAACAAGCAAGGUAUCUGUGAGCGAAAGAUUGAGAAAUGGAAGACCUAGCUCAGGAUUUGAUGAUGAAAACAGCAGCACAUCAGGGAGUGCUUCUGUUAGCUCAGAAAGCGAUGAUGAAAGUAAUAGUCCAUCUGAGGACUCCAAACAAUGUAGAGGUGUAAUGUCAUCCAGUGAAGCACAAAAGUGUAGCAAAGGAAGAACUGAGAGAGAGUCAGAGGAACCCUUCAAAUCCCUUAGUGGCGACAAUCGCAUGAAAAGCCCACAAAAUACAAUAGCUGAGAAAGGACUAAUGUUUUAUCAGGAUGUUCCACCAGAAACAAAUCCUAGUGAAGUUAUGCAGCAGAAAGAACAAGAUGACCUUUCAUGUUGUUGGAAUGGCUGUUCUGAUACUAGCACGAAACCAGUUGCUGAUUCUCAUCCGGAAAGUAGUGUGCAUCAGAAGUUUUCUCAGCAGGGAGCAAUUGAAGGUCAUUCCAACGCAAGGAGCAGACAUGAAUUGGUUGUUGGCUGUGACAUUGAAAAUACACUGGAAGCUGAUGGUGCCAAAUCAGGUGAGCAAUCAACUGUUCCGGAAUUGCUGGACAAAAAAGCUGCUGUUCUUUGCUCAAUGGAUGAUGAUAGUGUGAAGGUAGUAAAUGUGUCAGCGUGUUCAAAUCAGGACAGUGACACUACUCCGUGCGGUGUGACAAAAUUGGAUAAAGGAACUGCAAACAAGUUCCUAGAGAAGCCUGUCAAUCUUUCCACAGGAAGUAACUUUAGAGUCAUCCAAUGGGGCGCCGUGGAUUGCAACAUUGUGAGAAUCAAACAAGAGAAUUCACAACAUGCAGACUCUGAACAGGAUACACAUCAUAAAGAGAGUGGGGAACCAUCACAAGCUCUCAAAGUGGCAUCAAACCAACAAAUACCCCAUCAGUUUGAUUCUGACAGAGAUAAUCCUUGUACUACUAGACAAGCUGAUUGGGAUUCAUGUUCCUCGAUACCAGACUUAAAUUGCUUGCCUAAUAUGAAUACAGAUGAUGAGCUAGAGCCAGUUGAGAAUGUGACUUUUCAGGUAAAUGAGGAUGGUACAAAUCCCCAGAAUAAUAUCAAGAGUCUUUCAGCUUCCUCUUGUAAGCCCACUCUGCAGAAAGAACAGUCUAAGCAACCUGAGCCAAUUGAACUUACUGGAGGAAUUUGCGAAAGGAAAGAUGGAAAUAGGUUCCAGUCACCUAAUUCACAUAGUGGACCAUCUCAGCAAAGCAUAGUUGAAGAAAGUAGCAUGUCCAUUGAUGUAUUCAAGUGUAACCUCUGUGAAUUCAUAAAAAAUAUCAUAAAGCCAUUGUGGGAAGAUGGGCUGUUAUCCCGGGAAGUCCACAAAAUUAUAGUGAGGAAGGCUGUGGAAAAAGUGACCACCGUGUUGGGCUCAAAGGUCCCUCUGACAGAGAUAGAUGCCUGUAGAUUUUUGUUAGAAGAAUCUCAGAAUCUAGAGAAACUCGUUCAGGGUUACUUAGAUUUAUACGUGGGAAGGGAAGUUCUUAAAAAGAAGCACGACCGAUAAUUCUGGAUCAGUCCUGCAAAUCACAGAAGCUAACAAGUACAGUAGGAAGCAACUUUUUUUUUUCAGUUUAGAUCGGUGAAAGGAAAGAUCAAGUGACAAAUCUUCUAUCCCUUCUCAUAUGGGGCAUUUUUGAACACCCUAUCUUAUUCCUUGCUUCUAGUUCCCACUUCCAUGCACCUGCUAAACAUAUCAAUAUCUAAUCUAUGAAGUGCAUAAUGCUAUGUUGUACUAAUUCUGUAAAUGUGACGCACCAGCUUUUGGUGGGUGAAUGAUGGCGCACUUUCUUUUCA